AUGCUUCUGGCCAUUCUCGCGGCGCUCCUCGGGGCCGAGGUUCGACAGUGCGUUUACUACGAAAACGACAGCUUUACUCUUGUACCUCUCGAGGACAAGGGCCACAACUGCGUCGCCACUACCAUUUCUGACAUCGAGGUCUUCAACGAGACGGGCUGGAUGCGCUUCAACGUCACGACGAGCGCAAGCUAUCCAGACUUCAUCCAGAUGCGCGCAGUCGGAUUCGCUGAGGGCAAGAUCUUCCAGCACCACAUCUUCAACCAUUAUCAUAAUCUCAAGGACUGGUUCCUCUUUGCAUACCUUCACGCAGACGACUACCCCCAAGAGCUCUACGACUUUCUUCAGGAGAACCUUGACUGGACCCGUAGCACUGCCUACAAGUACGCCGAGGUUGACAGCUUCUGGCGUCAGGUCGCCUACACACUCGAUCACUUCGACGGGCUGGUAGAGGCGUAUCGGGCAACGGCUCCGCAGGAGGAGAUGCUUUCAGAGCUGGACCUCUGGACGUACCUAUCGAGCGGCGAUCUUCUCGAUAUCGUAAACUUUGCAGUGCCAUCCACACGGAUGGACUUCUCAAAGAUGACGCGCGAGGAAAUCUCCGACUAUCUCGCUUUUAGAAGCCAUUGCAGCGGCCUUGUUUACUACAAUGGCGACACCGUCUACAUUGGCCAAACAGCCUGGUUCUUCUAUGGUGGCAUGACUCGUGUCUUCAAGGGAUACACUCUCAACCUUAACGAUGUGUCUAAUGCAGCCGAAACGCUCACGUUUAGCUCAUACCCAGGCUUCUCCUACUCAUUUGACGACUGGACAGUGACCUCGCAAGGACUUGUUAUCAUUGAAACGACAGCCAACGUUCUAAACACCAGCCUGUAUGAUAACUGCACGCCUAGGUCUGUUCUCACGUGGAUUCGCUCCCAGGUGGCCUCCCGGAUGGCAGUCUCAGGCGCCGGCUGGCAUCAAGCCAACAGUCAGUACAACUCUGGAACGUAUAACAACCAGUGGAUUGUCGUCGACCUUAAGCAAAUUGAGAGUAUGACCGUGUACAAGAACAACUUUGUUUGGGUUAGCGAGCAGAUGCCCGGAUAUAUCGUUUCGGAAGAUGUCGCCCAUGAUAUGACUUAUGGCGGAUACUACUUCCCAUCUUACAACACGCCCUUCUUCGAUGAGCUCUGGAUUGUCGCUGGCUAUCCCAGCGUCGCAGAGGGUGAUGCCAGCUAUCGUUAUGACAAGAAUCCUCGUGGACUUAUGUUUGCACGCGAUGUUCCACAGAUUACUGGCAUCGACGAUAUGAAGAGGAUCAUGCGCUAUAAUAAGUGGCAAACAGAUCCGCUUGCAAUUACCGAGGGCCAGACGGAGCCAGAUCCAGGGAACGGCAUCUCUGCCAGGUACGAUCUGCGCCUCGAUGAGUCUCGUCGUAAGGCAUUCGGAGGUUACGAUGCAAAGAUCCUUAGCUAUAAUGGCCAUAGCAGGAAGAUGAUCGCGUACUUUAUCUCUGGGCCCACGACAGACGAUCAAGAGCCAUGGGACUUCUCCAAGAGCACCCUUUACUGUCCUCGUAGAGGUCUUAAGGAUGGUCCGUACCAGUAUGAUUGGCAAGAACUACACCUUCCUGUUUAUUGGCAUAACAAUAUGUAA